CCUGGGGCAUCCGGACACCAUUCAUCACCUUGCAGCCAGCUGCCAACAUUGAUUCGAGCAAAAUAUCAGUUUAGCUAGCUGUACUCAUUUAAACGAACAGGGAGAAUCGAUGAAAUAAUAAGGGUAACCUUUUACAUACAGGUGAUAUUGAAGACAAGACAUACUGCACUAAGUUUCUGCUCAUAUCAGCAGCUUUUCUGGGUCUUGAAGUGGGCUAUUCUGUUUACAAAUGGAGACUGGGGCCAUAGGAUGACUGACCCAGUCACCUUGAAUGUGGGGGGCCACCUGUACACCACCUCCCUAUCAACCCUGCAGCGCUACCCAGACUCCAUGCUGGGCGCCAUGUUCCGCGGGGAUUUUCCCACAACACGGGACGCCCAGGGAAACUACUUCAUCGACCGCGACGGGACGCUCUUCCGGUACGUGCUGAACUUCCUGCGUACAUCCGAGCUCACGCUCCCUGUGGACUUCACUGAGACUGACCUCCUGAGGAAGGAGGCGGAUUUCUACUUGAUCGAACCAUUGAUCCAUUGCCUCAACGAACCCAAGCCACUCUACCCUCUGGACAUCUUUGAGCAGGUGGUGGAGCUGUCUAGCACACGGAAACUAUCCAAGUAUUCAAACCCAGUGGCUGUCAUUAUCACGCAGCUCACCAUAACAACCAAGGUGCAAGCCCUGCUGGAGGGCAUCUGCAAAAAUUUCACCAAGUGGAACAAACACAUGAUGGACACCAGAGACUUCCAGGUGUCCUUUACUUUUGGACCGUGUGACUACCACCAGGAAGUGACCCUCAGGGUUCACCUAAUGGACUACAUCAUGAAGCAAGGCUUCACCAUCCGGAACACUCGAGUGCAUCACAUGAGCGAGCGAGCCAAUGAGAAUACAGUGGAGCACCACUGGACAUUCUGCAGACCGGCUCGCAAAGUAGAAGACUGAUGACUGUGCCACAGCUGUAGUCUAUGGAGUUAUAGGUUCAGCUUUCUCAAUGGAAGAGAGAAGGUACAAAUAACAAGUGGUAAAUUCAUGCCCUAAUACUAUAAACACUUUUUGAUUGUGAAAAUAAAAGAAUGCAUAAUAAUCAAGUUCUUCUGUAAAUACCUGUCUUAUCUGAAUGUUAACAAUGUUGUCUGUUUAGGCAUAAAUGGCAUAUGGUUACGAUAUCUGAAUUGUGCAAUUGAGAAUCCAGGCAUUAUUGCAUGUUCAAAAUGAAGUUUUAUAUGUCAACAUUCUAGAGCUCAUGUCAUCAGUGAUGUAGUUGGUCUUAGAGCUGGGGGAUAUGGACAGAACCAUAUCGUGAUCAAUUGCUUGAAUUGAUGUGAUAAUGAUAAAUAGAACGAUACGUUUAUAACAAUGUGCACCACCGUUUUUUAAAAUUAAUACUACUACUAGUUUAAUGGUUGUAGCCAUCAAUUGUGCCAUUAACAAUCACCCAUAUUAGCAAACUUAUUUAAUUUCAAUCUUCACAUUUCUCUAGUAUAGGUUACUUAUUGUAAUGAACGAUAUCAGCAAAAUGCUUGCGAUAAGUGAUCGGUACGGUCGGUGUCGAUCAUUUUCGGUUUAUCGACCCAGCUCUAGUUGGUCUGUCCGGUCAAAUAAAUCCAUGUCAUAAUCUG